UCCGGGAACGGGCGCUGGGGGCUGCGCACCGGCUGCUUGCUGCGAUUGGCCCACUCGGGUCGCCUCCUGCCCGGGCCGCGGCUCCAGCUAGCCCGCCAUGGAGGUGGGGGACGGCCCUGCCGCCGCCGCCUGCUACCAGCCGGCCGGGCCUCCGCGGGACGCCUGUGUCUACAGCAGCUGCUACUGUGAAGAAAAUAUUUGGAAGCUCUGUGAACACAUCAAGAACCAUGACCAGUACCCUUUGGAAGAGUGUUAUGCUGUCUUCAUAUCUAAUGAGAGAAAGAUGAUACCUAUUUGGAAACAACAGGCAAGACCCGGGAAUGGACCUGUGAUCUGGGAUUACCAUGUUGUUUUGCUCCACGUUUCAAGUGGAGGACAGAGCUUCAUCUAUGAUCUGGACACUGUCUUGCCCUUUCCCUGUCCCUUUGACACUUACGUAGAAGAUGCCUUUAAGUCUGAUGAUGACAUUCACCCACAGUUCAGGAGGAAAUUUAGAGUGAUCCGUGCAGAUUCGUAUCUGAAGAACUUUGCUUCCGACCGAUCGCACAUGAAAGACUCCAGUGGGAACUGGAGGGAGCCGCCCCCGCCUUAUCCCUGCAUUGAGACUGGAGAUUCCAAAAUGAACCUGAAUGAUUUCAUCAGUAUGGACCCUAAGGUGGGAUGGGGCGCUGUCUACACGCUAUCUGAAUUUGCACAUCGGUUUGGCAGUAAAAACUACUGAGCUUGACAUCAGGACGUGGAACUGUGGAAAAAUUUAGGACCUGAACAAGCCAUCCCUUCACUUAGGACAGUGAGCAUUAUGGUACAGUUGGCCUGGAAUUAUGUUUUUCCUCUCUUAAUUCAACUGAGUGGAAACACGAAUGAACACAAGUAUAAACACACUAAGUAAAAAAAAAUUCAUUUUUUGCUGUGUCAAGAUGAAACUUGAUUUAGUGUGUAAUUGCUAAGAAAUUCCUGUGGCUCACUUGUAAGGCGUAUGAUGACUUCCGCCAGUGAUUGCUCCUGUUGGGUGUGGACUGAGCGCUGGAUCCUCCCGUGUGUUCUGGAUGUCUGCAGUGUCUCUCCAGCUGCCCUGGAAGCUCCUGGGGGACAGAGCCGUGGCGCCUUGCUCUGUGAAGCUCGGAUGCUCGUGCGAGGUGCCCAUGAAACAUUUUCUUGUGACCGUGCUGCUGCUUUUAAAAGGGAUAAUGUUGUGAGCUGAGUCAGCAAUAAAUUUUAGUCUUCCUGGGCUGUGAUGUUAAGAUCGCAGUCCUCUCUUACUUGGUCUGUUUAUUUAUGGUUUUGAAUAAAAUUGAUUGAGAAUUAUUUUUGUUUUGAAGAUUUUUGUGUCACUGUUGAUGAUCUGAGACACCUAACAGUGUGUCAAUCAUAGAUGAGAACCAGUGCUUUAAAAUUCAUUUAUCUCAUCUGCCUUUGUGAGGAUGUCUUGGAAAUCUGGCUUUAAUCAUGUCAUUCCAAAUAAAAGACACUUGACAUUAA